GGAGGAGGGAAAAUGUGCCUGCCAUAUAUAUAUCACCCGCUUCGUCGCCAGGUAUGCGAGACCAGAAAAUAGGGAUUUUUCUUCUUUUGCUCAUCUCGCUUGGCCAGCCAUUUUUCUCUCUUCUGCACACCUGCCCCUCUUAUCCUUAUAAUCGACACAAAGCAGGCAUAAAAAGCUCCAUUCUCAUUAUACCCCACCGUUUCUUUUUUGCUUGGGCUUGCUCAAACUAUUUUCCCUCCCCUCGGCCUACUAGCCCAUCUAUAUUACCCUGUCACAUAUUCACUCAGCGGGGUGCAUCUUGAGUGAAGCAUUGGCGCAGUUACACAAAGCAACACAUACGGGAGACCACACAGCAACUAAAGAAGCUUGCGAAUCUCUUCUGCCCGCCCCUUUGCGACUCUUUUCUACAAAACUAACGGA